AUGUCUUCCUCAACUUCAGAGGCGAUGAAACUCGCUACGGUUUCACUGGCUAUCUCCACAGAGCUUUUUGUGAAAAGGAAAUCCGCACCUUCAUGGAUCUCGAGGAUCUUGUUAGUGGCAAGAAAAUCCAGCAAACAUUUGCUCGGGCAAUUGAAAGCUCCAGGAUUGCCAUCAUCGUGUUCUCCCAGCAUUAUGUCAAGGAUAAAGCACCAAUUUGGAGAGCCGCUCUUCGUGACGCAGCCAAUUUAUCCGGCUUGCAUUUCAAAGGGGAUGAAUUUGAACACGAAUUUAUUGAGAGGAUCACUAAACAGGUUUUGGCGAUUAUUAAAGAAGACACUCUACCAGUCAGAGCAGAGUCCAGAGUGCAAGCUUCCUACGAUUCGUUAUCAUCGUUUUCUGUCUCACGGCAAUACCAACACCAUGUGUUCCUCAACUUUAGAGGCUGUGAUACGCUAUCGUUUUACUGGCAGUCUCUUUAAAGCUCUCCGUGACAAGAAAAUCCACACUUUCAUGGAUGAUGUAGGACUCCACAGGCGGAAUGGUAUAUCAAGAACACUUAUUGAGGCAAUUAAAGGUUCCAGAAUAGCCAUCAUUGUGUUCUCUGAGAAUUAUGCUGAUUCUACUUAUUGCUUGGAUGAACUUGUCAAGAUCUUGGAGUGCCAAGAGUCUGAUGGCCAGAUAGUUUUUCCGGUUUUCUAUGAUGUAAGUCACAAUGAUGUGCGACAUCAGACAGGUAGUUAUGGGGAAGGGAUAGCUAAACAUGAGGAAAAGUUCAAGGAUGACCCAUCAAAAGUCCAAAAGUGGAAACGGGCUUUGAAUCGAGCAGCUGAUUUUACUGGCUUUGUUUUCGAAGGGAAUAAAUAUGAACACGAGUUUAUUGGGAAGAUCGUUGAAGUAGUGUUAAGGGAGAUUAAACGUGUCUCUUUACAUGCUGAUUAUCCAAUUGGAUUAGAGUCUCAAGUGUCAGAAGUAAAGUCGCUACUAUUCUCCGAUGGCUAUGAUGGUGUCCACAUGGUAGGGAUUUAUGGAAAUGCCGGAUCAGGCAAAACAACUAUAGCUCAUGCAAUUUAUCAUUUGAUUGCUAAUGGUUUUGAAAGUAUAUGUUUUCUUGAAAAUGUGAGAGAAAAUUCAUAUAAGCAUGGUUUAGUACAUCUUCAAAACAUACUUCUCUCCAACAUUUUCGAAAGGAAGAAUCUCAAAUCAAGAAACAUUGAACAUGGAAUUUCAACAAUACAGCACUGGCUCCAACAAAAGAAGAAGACCCUUUUGAUUCUAGAUGAUGUUGACAAGAUAGAACAAUUACAAGCUCUUGCUGGAAAACCUGAUUGGUUUGGCCGUGGAACUAGAGUCAUCGUUACAACCCGGGACAAACAUUUACUAGAAAGCCAUGGGAUUGAAAGAAUAUAUGUGAUGGAGAAUUCAAAUUCGGAGUCAAAUAUCAGUGCAUCAGCUGGAAAGGACAAGAGAGAACAACUGGGUGAAAAAAGCACUUUUGGUGAUCAAGUCAAUGGUUCGUUGGAACCUCUAGUUUCUGAAGAUAUUAGUCUUGAAAGGAGAAAACAAGCUUCUGUUAUUCAAGGGGAAUCAAAUACAGAAGUCAUAGGUUGUAAUGAAAAUCAAGCAGACAUUUGUCAUACUCAUUUCCCAGAAAGAAUUGAUAAUGGUCAAAAGGAAGUGCCAAAUGAAGACAGGGAAGUCGAUAUGGUUGAGAAGUCUUUGUCCGCUCAGUUAGAAUCUUUGGAGGAAAAGAAAAGAGAACUUAAGAGCGAAUCCGCGCGAUCGCAGUCGAUGAGUUUGGAAAACUCUAUUACUAAUUAAG